GCCCUUGGGACGGGCAGUCGCCCCUCUCUGGCCUAUGACUGCUGGCUGCUCCCACUGACACCUUAUACCCUUGAUCUGAUCAUAAAUAAGAAGCAGCCCGGGGACCUCGAGACUGAAACUGAUUUAGAGACUUCUGGGAGCUUUUUUCACUUCCCUCCUCCCAUCCAGCCAGGACAGAUCCCCGCCCAGAAAGGGGCUAUUGACGGUAGCGGGCUGCGCGUCCAGAACUGGGACUGGGAUCGGGGCGGGGCGGGCAUGGGGACCCGGCCGGGAGGUGAGCGCAGCUGCCGUUCAGCUUGUGGGUAGCGGGUAGCAGGUAGCACUCGGGCUGAGCCAUGCAGGUGCUGUGCGUGGACUACAUCGCUCCCUGGUGGGUCGUGUGGCUGCACAGCAUCCUGCACCUCGGCCUGUGCCUGCAGCCCGUGAACAGCACCUUCAGCCCCGGUGACGAGAGUUACCAGGAGGUGAAGCAGAACCUGAUGAACGUCUCCUACCACAUCGCCCAGGACACCCAGCAUCAUCGCUGACCUGCGGGCCAGAUCCAGCGACUCAAGUGCAAGACUGAUGAGCAGACUGGGCGGGGCCAGGCCCGGGACCAGCAGGAUCGGAGUGACAUCCUCUACAUCCAAGCUGAGGUCCAGCUGCACAGCGGGCAGGGUGAGAAGGCCGGCAUGGGACAGCUUCGGGAGCAGCUCGUCAGCGCCUUCCGGGAGCAGAUGGGUGUGUGGAGGCGCCUGUUGGAGCUGGAGAACCGCGCCAUGGAGGUCCAGAUUAACACCUCCCGACACCUGCUCACCACCACCAGCUGGAAGCAUGAGAAGUCCCGCCGGGCCCUCAGAUGGCGGGAGGAGCAGCGGAAGGAGUGCUACGCUAAGGACAACAGUGAGAAGGACUCAGACACACGCGAUGACCAGCCAGACAUCCUGGAGCCGCCUGAGGUGGCCGUAGCCUGGGAGAGCAUUGCAGCCCUGGUGGGCGACCCGAAGCAGCUGCGCGAGCAGAAGCUGGCGCUGGAGCAGCGCUGCCAGGAGCUGCGCGCGCAGAGCCGGCGCCUGAAGGAGAUGUCGCGGUGCAUCGGCUCUGGGGAGCGGCGCGAGAUGCUGUGCCGCGUGCACGAGCUCGAGGUGGAGAACACCCUGAUGCGGUUUGAGGCCGUGCGCCGCCGGGAGCAGGACCGCAGUCUCUGCCACAAGAUUUUCCAGGGCCAGCAGCAGAUGAUCGACGACUACAACCUGGCCGUCCCGCAGCGCCUGGAAGAGCUCUACGAUGUGUACCUGCGGGAGCUGGAGGAGGGCAGCCUAGAGCGGGCCACCAUCAUGGACCAAGUGGCCUCCAGGGCCCUGCAGGAGAGCUCCUUGCCCGAAAUUAGCCCAGCAGGAACCUCGCUGACCCCAGAUUAUGACCUGGAGAGUGUGAAGACAUUGAGCUCUGAUGCCCAGUGCCUGCAGAACAGCGCCCUCCCUCCCGUCAGCACAGAGAGUGAAGGCCAACCACGUGUUCAAGGCUGGUACUGGGGCCUCGCAGGCAAAAAGCUCUUCUGUGCCUACCCUACCUCCCAUCCAGCUUGGCAGCCUGGUGACGCAGGAGGCCCCGGCUCAGGACAGCCGGGGCAGCUGGAUCAACUCUUCCCCGACAGCAGUGAGAACCUGUCGGAGAUCCCUUUGUCCCACAAAGAGAGGAAGGAGAUCCUGACUGGCGCCAAGUGCAUCUCAGUGAAGGCCGCCUGGCACCGCUCGUGGGCCCUGGGCACCGAGGGGCGACACCUGCUGGCGCCCCGACAGAGCGCACAUGCUGCCAGUGAGGAUAAGCUGUCCAGCAGCACGGGCGAGGCCCCGUCGCGGGCAGUCGGCAUCAUGAGGACGGGCAUCUUCUGGCUGCGUGGCCAGAAGAAAAGCCUGGGCAAGAAAAGGGAGGAGUCACUGGAGGCAACUCCAAGGAAGGAGAGGUCCCGAUACUUCAAGAUCACCGGGCAAGGGGUGAGGCGAGGCCUCCCAGCCCUGGACAGAAUGCUGUUGCCACACCCUAAACAGCCCUGA